AUGACUCUUUCUAAAGCUGAAGAACCUACCCUUGUCGGUCCCUCUACCGACGUCGUUGAGACGGACAAGAAGGAGGAAGAAUACCAAGAUCGUUUCUUGGAAGGAAGCCAGCGCAUCAUCGCUUACGAUUUGUUGGAAGCACGCGGCAAGGCUAACGAGACCACCGAUCCGGAUGUGAAGCGUUACAGUGAAGCCAAGGAACUGUUCCGCAAAGGUUAUGAUCUUUGUAUGAGCGUUCCUCGUACUUUGGACGACGACGUCCUUUUAAAACACGAACAAGACGUGAAAACUGCCGCAGAGACCCUCGUCGCUGCGUGGAUGUUGGAUGAUAAAGCCGCUCCCAUGUCUGAGCGCGUUUUGAUUCUUGGACAACAGUACGAAAAAGUGUUGUUGAAGGAUGUUCCUGAGGAUAAGCGUGAAGGAUUCUUCGUUAAGGAGUCCCUGCUCUUUUCUGCAUGGAUUCUUUUGGUGGGCAAACAAUACCAACACUGUUUAUCUACUUUAUCUUUGGCCAUCGAUACCUACAAAGACUUGCCUGUUCGCAUCUAUUUCUUACGCGCUUCUUGCUACUUCUCUCUCGGUAAACUCAGACUGGGCAUCAAGGAUAUGGUGGAAUGUUUGCGCCAAGACGAGAAUUUCUAUGUGGCAUACAGCGUCCUUGGUUCGGUGUACAUGUCCCUGAAAGAGCGCGACAACGCUAUCCGAAAUUUCAAAUUGUACGUCACCAACGGCCACCCCGACACAGCCGAUUAUAUCAACGCAUGCUAUUCACUGUCCAUCCUGUUGAACCAGAAGAAGAAAGCUGAAGCGCGCGAUUUCUAUAACAAGGCCAAGGAAGCCGAAGCUCGUUUCAAGUCACUCUACGGCACCAACACAGGCAUGAGUGAAACCAAGCGGGAAGCGGUUCAGUUGCAUGAAAAGCCUGAAGAUGCGCAUAGAAUGAUCUUGGAAGCUAUGCCUGCGAAGCAUUACAAUGCAAAGAUCGAACAAUUGAUCAAGGCCGGUAUUCUGCAGUCUGCCUAUCCUCCCAACCCCAAGCAAUGUUCCAAUUGCGGUGCGGCUAACCGAAAAGACAAAGCCGACGGCCCCUUGCUCUGCUGUGGUGCCUGUAAGAGCAUCUGGUAUUGCUCGCGUGAUUGUCAAGUGGCGGAUUAUAAAAAGGCACACAAGGUCGCCUGCAAGAAGAUGGUGGAAGCGGCCCAGUAA